AUGUUAGAAAAAAAGUUUGCUGACAUUGACAAGAAAUUUGAGAAUGUUUUAAACAAGAACAAGAGGAAGUUAGAAAAUGCUCAGAUAAAGCCUAUACAUGACAAGUUCUUAUUUGCUCAGAAUGGUAUAACAGGUCUAAUUGCACCACCUGGGUCGGGUAAGACUUUCACUUAUCUUAAAAUGGCUGCACAACAACAAGAACUAGAUGAGAAGAACCCAUUCUAUGAGUUAGUUGUUAUUUGUUCGACUUCUGGUCAAUUUGACCAAACCGUCAAUUCGUUCAAAGAUAUUAUAAAGAAGUCUAAGUUAGUAUGUAUAAAGGAUACUGAGUUGUUAGAUUGGAUAAAGAAGUACCAAAGAAGAGUUUUGAAGUAUAAUGCUAUAAAUGAGUAUAUAAAUUCUAAGUUUAAAGACCCAAAUGAGGAAAUGCAGAGAAUAUUAGAGAAGAAACACUUCAGAAACAAACAGAAAGAGAUAGAAUACAUUUCGAAGAAAUUGCAAUCUUACGAUUGGAAGACUUACCCUCAUAGAUGUCUUCUUAUCUUAGAUGACUUUGCUUCUCAUCCUUUGUUAAAGAACAGAGAACAAGAUAUGUGUCGAAUUCUUAAGAAGCUCAGACACUUUAACAUCUCAGUUGUCAUUUGUGUACAGACAGCAAAGAGUUUAAGUAAGGAUGUUAAAUGA